AUGAAUAAUCAGUCAGUUGAAGCGGCCUUUUUGGUGCAUCAGCAGUUUUUCAGGGUGGAAAUGACAGAAGGUCCUCUGUGUAAACUGCUUUUUGCCAUAAUAAUCUCUCUGCUUUUCGUCUACAUCAACAGUGUCAUGUUUCAUGCUCUACUGAGUAAGCCUGUGUUUAGAGAGCUGCCUCGAAACAUUCUGUUUGCCCACAUGCUCUGCAAUGACUCAGUGCAACUGCUUGUAUCUAUGACAUUAUAUCUUCUGACUGUGAAUUUUCAUGCAAUUCCCAAAACUCUUUGCGCUUUACUUUCCUUGAUUGGAACAGCAUCAUUCCGCAACGCCGCUUUGAACCUGGCUGUAAUGUCACUUGAGCGUUAUGUGGCCAUUUGCUUUCCAUUAAGACACAGUGAAAUUGUGGACCAGAAAUCGGCAGGUGUUUCUAUUGGUGUCAUAUGGAUCUUGAGUUCAAUAAAUCUGGUAAUCGAUAUUAUUUAUGCACUGAUAGUAAGUCCAGUGUCUUUUGCAAACCCCAUGCUAUGUACUCGAGAGAGGUUUAUCCUGUCACAAUGGCAAGUUGAUAUGUUUCAGGUCUUCAACUCAUUUUACUUUGUGACUGUAACUUGUAUAUUAAUAUUUAGCUACAUUAAUGUUGUACUUGCAGCACGAUCUGCAUCAAAAAAUGACUCGGCUAAAAAGGCACAACGGACCAUAUUGCUGCAUUUUGGUCAGUUAGUUCUCUGUAUUAACACAUUUAUUUAUGGAACUAUAGAGAGAGCCUUGUAUAUGGCCAGCAGUACCAAUAGUUUGUUCACUGAUCUGCGAUACAUCAAUUUCCUCUUCGUUCUCCUUCUGCCUCGGUGUCUGAGUCCCCUGAUCUACGGCCUCAGAGAUGACGCUGUGCGGCCCUUAUUCCUCUACUAUGUUAGGUGCGGGUCCCGGAAGGUGAAGCCCUCUGUUAUUAUACACCAAUGA